UGCGGUGCAUUGCUCGUAUCUUUCUUCUUUUGCGCAUCGCACGUCUUUGACACGGGAUCUGCAAAAAAGGGAAGCCCUGCGUUUCGGCGUCUACCUCUCGAUUGGACAAACCGACCAAUACGAAAUACUUCACCGUGGACUCUAACGCGGUAUGCGGUGGCGAAUCUUCAUUUUAACCUGUCUCCUACUAAAGGGGCUGGGCCGAGCGGAGGAUGUGGAGGUGGUGGAGGCGAUUCCAGGCGAGGACAAUCGGAACGACAACUCGGCGUUGAACAGGCAGGACAACGACAUAAACAGCUCGGACCAAUUGGCGUUAGAAUCGUUAGGGGAGAAGGACGCGGGUGGGAAUCAUUACGGGAAGCCGGGCGGUCUUCGAGGUCAUCCCCUUCCCCUCGCGCCGAAUCGAGCCGGGCUCGGGCUCCCGCACCCGAGGCCGCACCACAACGUGGCGUACCACGGCCCGCCCCCACCCCUGCCGCCGUCCAAGGCCCCGUCCGAGACGAUCGACAAGAUCUACACGACGGGGGGCGGAGGGAUUAGCACGGCGGUUGGCGCCGAACCGUGGCCCGCGCCCACGCCCGACAUGCCCAAGAUCAUCUCGUUGGACGUGAAGUGCGAGAAGAGCCUGAUGAAAGUUUACCUAGGCUUCGACAAACCGUUCUACGGUAUAGUGUUCAGCAAAGGGCAUUACAGCAACGUUAACUGCGUCCACUUGCCGGCCGGUUUAGGGCGCACCUCGGUCAACUUCGAGAUCAGUAUUCACGCGUGUGGCACGGCCGGGAACACGGAGAACGGUUUGUACGGGUACGGGGCCGAGUCCGGGUCGGGGACGUACUUCGAGAACAUUAUCGUGGUGCAAUACGAUCCCCAGGUCCAGGAAGUUUGGGACCAAGCGAGAAAGCUGCGAUGCACUUGGCACGACUUGUACGAGAAAUCCGUCACGUUUCGCCCGUUCCCCGUCGACAUGUUGGACGUGGUGCGGGCAGAUUUCGCCGGCGACAACGUCGGUUGCUGGAUGCAGAUACAGGUGGGCAAGGGGCCGUGGGCGUCCGAGGUGUCGGGCCUGGUUAAGAUCGGCCAAACCAUGACCAUGGUGCUCGCGAUCAAAGACGACGACUCCAAGUUCGACAUGCUCGUGAGAAAUUGCAUGGCGCACGACGGUAAACGGGCGCCGAUUCAACUGGUCGAUCAGAGGGGUUGCAUCACCAGGCCCAAACUUAUGUCCCGAUUCACCAAGAUAAAGAACUUCGGCGCCUCGGCCUCGGUCCUCUCCUACGCCCAUUUCCAGGCGUUCAAGUUCCCCGACUCGAUGGAGGUCCACUUUCAGUGCACCAUACAAAUAUGCCGCUACCAGUGCCCGGAGCAAUGCUCCGAGUCACCUUUGCUUCUCGAGUCCCAAGGCCUUCUCGAGAAUCAUCAUUCUCCCUCCAGUGGCCACCCUGAUUCCGGCUACGGCCUUCCGCCCCCCAUCCCCCUUCCGCUCGAGGCUUAUUUGCAGGCGGCCGCUGGACGCCCGCGGGACGAAAGGCGGAGGAAGUCCCGCGAGAUAAUACCGGCUCCCCAGAAGGCGGUUGGAGUGAAUCGGAUAAUACGAGUCGUCUCCACGGGCGACCUCACCUUUUCCAUCGACGAGUCGAGCAACGGUGAAUUGGGGGGAUCGACCAUGGUUUUCCCCGUUCGAAACGAGAGCGCGUCCAACGCUGCCAUGAUAUGCAUGACCACCCUGGGCUUCGUCGUCACCCUAAUUAUACUUCUGGCCGUCCUGCUGUUCUCCUGCGUACUCUCCACCUACCUCUGCCUGCGCCUAAGACCGUUCUCAGGGAAAUCCAGAAAGAUCGCCACGUAUCACAACGGGGAACAAAACGCGCCUAAGAAGUCCACCAGGACGUGUUUUUACUCAUAG